AUGGACACGGGCAACACAUCAGAUUACCGCAACUGUUGGUGCAAAUCGGACAAAAUGACUGCACAUACGCACAGCAAGUCCUAUUCCCGACGCGGAUGCCAUACGAAAGGUGGCUAUAAAAUAGCAUACACAUACUCCCACAUCACAACACAAAAGCAAACAAGUGAGACGUACCCGCUGAAUCAGACGGUCGUCAUCUUGUUUGAUGUCGAUGUUCAUCAGGACGUUGGGGAAAGCUUCAAAACUCGCUCAAAAGGUAUCCGUCAGGAGGAUCAGAUUCCCGAAAAUAACCCCAGAAUGCCUAAGACUUGCUGGAAACCGCCAACUCCACCAAAAUCACUUCAGCAAUGCGAAGAAAGCCAACUACCGACCGCACAUUCAAGCAGCCGGUCAGCGACGACUGAUGAUCCCAGGUUCUUAGAGGAACUGAACUACUUUCCAAGUACUGAGCUCGUCGUCCAAAGUGACGUUUCUGUAAAUGCACGGAUUCCAUUUUUCGUGGAUUGUUUGACUACCACCCGUCCUCCUUGGAUUGGAAAUCAAAGGACGCACAUUCCCACCCCGAAAGUCCCCUCCAUCCCCAAGCGUUCACUAUCCAGCAGCGCUCUGUCAUCAUGA